AUGGCCUCGUCCACAUCCCCGGUCUUUCUCUUAGCAACAAUACUUGCCAUCCCAUUUGCAUACGUGAUCUACCAAACUUACUUCCACCCCCUCGCUUCGAUUCCAGGUCCUUUCUGGGCUCGCCUCACUCGGCUAUGGAUCACCAAACACUCCUGGGACGGCGACAUGCAUACCACCAUAAUCGCACUGCACAAAAAGCACGGCAGCCUCGUCAGGACAGGACCCAACGAAGUCAGCGUCUCCGAUCUAGCAGCCAUCAAGACCAUCUACGGGGCCGGGACGAAGUUCAGAAAGAGUGAUUGGUACUCUGUAUGGCAAGGCCAUCGCAAAUUCGACCUCUUCGCCGAACGAAACGAGAAGAUCCAUGGCGAGCAGAGACGGUUGAUCAGUCGGGCGUAUGCGAUGGAUUCUCUACGAAUGCUUGAGCCCUACGUCGACAAUGCAGUCAAUGUAUUCAUGAACGAAAUGACGAAACGAACAGGACAAACCAUCGACAUGGGCAAUUGGCUUCAACUCUUCGCCUUCGAUGUCAUUGGCGAAAUCACCUUCUCCAAACGGUUCGGCUUCCUCGACACCGCCGAAGACGACGGCUCCUUCACCCAAAUCUCCAACGCCCUCAAAUCCGCCGCCUGGAUCGGCCAGCUUCCCUUCCUCUACUGGCUCCACGACGCCCUCACUCCCUACAUCGGCAACCACCUAGGCAUCACCGCCCGCCACGGCUCCCUCCGCACCUUCGCCACCCGCGAGAUCACCGCCCGCCAAGACCGCGGCAGCGACCACACCGACAUCCUCUCGCAGCUCUUCGCAACGCAAAAGGAGAAACCCCUCGAAAUGAACGACAACGCCGUCAUCAGCAUGGCCACAUCCAACAUCUUCGCAGGCUCCGACACGACCGCCAUCUCCCUCCGCGCCAUAAUCUACUACCUCCUGAAGAACCCCUCCUGCAAAGCGAAACUCCUCGCCGAAAUCCACGCCCACACCCUCUCCGACCCCGUCAUCCUCUCCGAAGCCGAAAACAUGCCCUACCUCCAAGCCGUCAUGUACGAAGCCCUCCGUCUCCACCCAGCAGUAGGCAUGUCCCUCCCACGCGUAGUCCCGCAGGGCUGCACAACCCUCGCAAACACAUACCUCCCCGCCGGCACGGUCGUCGGCGCCAACCCCUGGGUCAUCCACCGCGACGCGACCAUCUACGGCACCGACGUCGACGCCUUCCGUCCGGAACGUUGGCUCGCCGCACGGGAGAAGGAAGGCGGUAGCGGUAGCGACUAUGGCGAUCUCUCGAGGUUUUUCUUCGCCUUUGGCUCCGGGGCGAGGGUUUGUCUCGGCAGGAAUAUCAGUUGGAUGGAGAUGAGUAAGGUGAUUCCGACGUUGUUCAAAAGGUUUGAGGUGGAGCUUGUGGAGCCGGAGAGGGAGUGGGAGGUGAGGUGUUGGUGGUUUGCGAUGCAGAGGGGGUUGGAGGUGAGGGUUAGGAAGAGGGGGUGA